AUGGCUACUGCCGCUGAACCACAGAAGGUGCAACUCAAUGGUUAUGUAGGUUUUGAUACCAUCACCACGCAAAUUGAGAAGAAGCUGUUGAAGCGUGGAUUUCAGUUCAAUGUUAUCGUUGUCGGUCAAACUGGAUUGGGUAAAUCAACGCUCAUCAACACUAUCUUUGCUGCUCACCUUAUUGACAGCAAAGGACGUCAAUCUGUCGAAGAGCCCUUUAGGCAGACGACUGAGAUCCAAACCGUGUCUCAUUUAAUUGAAGAGAACGGUAUUCGUUUAAGACUCAACAUUGUUGAUACUCCCGGAUAUGGUGACCAGGUCAAUAACGAGAAUUGUUGGGAACCAAUCAUUAAAUAUAUCAAAGACCAACAUUCAGCUUAUCUUCGCAAAGAAUUGACUGCCAUGCGUGAACGUUAUAUUCAAGACACUAGAAUUCAUUGCUGUUUAUUCUUCAUUGCACCUACCGGCCAUGCUCUUAAACCGCUCGACAUUCUCGUUCUCAAGAAACUUUCAGAGGUUGUCAAUGUCGUCCCUGUCAUUGCUAAAUCUGAUUCACUGACUAUCGAAGAACGUCUUGCGUUCAAGCAAAGAAUAAAGGCAGAACUAGCACACAACAAUAUCAAACUCUAUCCGUAUGAUAGUGAUGAACUUGAUCAAGGUGAACUUGAUUUGAAUCAGAGCAUGAAAGAACUUAUUCCAUUCGCCAUUGUUGGUUCCGAAAAGAACGUUGUGAUUGAUGGAAAGGCUGUUCGCGGACGGCGGAACAAGUGGGGUGUGAUCGUAGUGGAGAAUGAGAAUCAUUGUGAAUUCGUACAUCUGAGGAACUUCCUCACUAGAACUCAUCUCCAAGACCUUAUCGAAACCACUGCUCAGAUCCAUUAUGAGGCUUUCCGUUCUAAACAACUCUUGGCGUUGAAAGAGUCCAGCGCCAGACAAGAGCAACCGCAGCCUGCUCAGCCAUCGUCACAGGGUGGAGUCAUUUAA